ACCGAUACGCCAGCGAUAUUAGAUUUGAUGUUCAUAUCUCGCAGCUUCCAUCUAUUUUAAUUUUUAUUCCUAUUAAUGUAUUUUCUACCUAUAUAUAAUGCUUCCAUUUCAACCUCAGAGUCGACAUUAAUUACUUAAUUACUUAACGAACAGCUCCUAGUCCAAGUUGUGUUAGCAAACUUAACCACCAUCAAGGUCUUGAUCAACAAGCUAUCCUCUGCGCCUAGCGACGUGCAUCUUAUAUCGACAAGGGUGCUCUCUUGUAGCAAGUUAUAUGGAUGCAACUUCUCCUCACUCAUUCGUAUCGACACAGAUCCAUCACAGACUAGACAUUCGAUCACAUCGUCUAACGAGCUAAGCAUCUCUUGUAGCUGCAUCAAGCCAUGGAAAAGGAUGUAGCGGGAUAUCAGACCCGCCACGAUGGCGUUAUAAAUGUCUCCGUUGCAAACGAACAGCCAAGGGGUACAGAUUCCGAGGAGAGUUUAGAGAAUGAGACCGAAGACCAGCAUGUCUUUAACGAGCAGACUAAUUAUGUUCCCAAAAGGACAAUUAUUACUAUAUUCCUCGCCUGUUCUACUGUGGACUUGCUAGCUCUUAUGGACCAAACAACUCUAGCUGCGAGUUUGAACAUUAUCGCGGAUUCACUGAAGUCAAGUGAUCAAGCAUCAUGGAUCGCUAGUGGAUAUUUCAUAACUUCGACCGUCGGCCAACUUUUGUACGGUAGACUCUCGGAUAUCUGGUCUCGUAAAGUGAUUCUUCUUAUUGGUCUAGCCAUCUUCUUCCUCGGCUCCUUGGCGGCAUCUCUCGCUCAGACGGUCACUCAAUUGAUCGUCUUCCGGUGCUUCACCGGUGUCGGCGGUGGUGGGCUCAUGACUAUAGCUCAGACUAUUGUCAGCGAUGUCGUGCCGCUUCGGGAGAGGGGAAAGUACCAAGGCAUCCUAGGGGCUGUCGUUGCCAUUGCUAACGGGAUCGGACCCGUGAUCGGCGGUGCCCUUUCUUCCAUCUCGGAAGACUCUUGGCGGUGGAUCUUCCGUCUCAACUUGCCCCUUACCUUGUUGACCACCUGUUGUGUCGUAUUCAUCAUGCCCCUGAAAAAGGUUGAGGGUGACUGGAAGUUAAAAUUGAAAGCCGUCGAUUUUAUCGGGAUUAUCCUUACUCUAGCCGGCGUCUCUGUUCUCAUGUUAGGCCUUACAUGGGGUGGCUCUGAGUACCCAUGGAACUCUGCUGCUGUUAUAACGACUCUAGUUCUUGGUUUCGUCAUUUGCGUCGCCUUCGUCUUUUGGCAGUGGAAAGGACCUCGCUAUCCCUUAGUACCUUUACACAUCUUCAAGUCUAAGAUCGUCAAUGGUGCAUGCCUUACUAUGGCUGUCAAUGGCUGGAACUUUGUGGUUCAGGUAUACUACAUACCCACGUUCUACCAGCUUGCGUAUGGCUACUCGGCAACUAAGGCUGGCGCCAUGUUGUUGCCGAUCACACUUAUACAGACACUUAGCAGUACAUUAUCUGGCCUGGUAGUACAUUGGGUUGGUAGAUACCGCGAAUGUAUCUUGUUUGGCUGGGUCUGUUGGGCAAUCGGUCUUGGUUUGAUGUCAACACUAGACGAAAACUCGGGAGUUGGGAAGCAGAUUGGAUAUUCGAUUAUCAUCGGCGUGGGGGUGGGGAAUACGCUUCAGCCCGCGUUGAUAGCUUGCCAAGCUGGGGUAGAGAGACGGGACAUGGCUGUGGUGACGUCUUUCCGAAAUUUCGUACGCAAUUUGGGCGGAACCUUUGGACUAGCUAUCUGCGGCACUUUACUGAAUAACAUCUUAGCAAAUUCGCUUUCAUCUCUCGAUACUGACGAAGCCGGCUUUAAGGAUCUCCUUAGCAGCCCCCAAUCUUAUUUAUCGAGUCUACCUGCGGAUGAGGCCCAGCGCAUCCGCUCAAUGCUGAUUCCCGCGUACCGCCAAGGUUUCAGGGUGAUAUUUCUCGUGGGGGCAUCGUUAGCUGCUCUUGCAUUCGUGAUCGCAUGGUUUAUGAUGCCGCAAGUCGAGUUACGUCGUCCCGACGAUGAAAAGCUUAAGGAAGAGGGCCGGAAAGAGCACGCAGCGAAGAAAAACGCUCCGGCCCCUUAAAUUUAGGCAAUCCCAUUAUUCUCUCGCCAGCCUAAGUAGUUGCAGGGUGCGUCUUA